AUGUUACAAUGCAGGACAAAUCCGGUCAUUCACAAAGAACCCGCUCGAGAGUCUUCUCAAUUCGACGUCUUGAUGAAACAGAGAGCGAGCGAUAAUCUAGAUUCUGAGCCCCAUCAGCAACAACCUUGUGCACGGAUAGAUUCUGGACAAGUCAUACAAACAAUUUCCAUGAGUAUGGAAAGCAUGGAAUCCUCUACCUUGCAGAACCUCUCACUUUUGCCGGAUUCCUUUGAUUUCCUAGCUCAGAUGAUUCUUGAGGUCCUUGGGGACUCGUUUCUGUUCCAACGUCCUCUCAUUCGCCAUCAGCCCAACAAACAGAAUAUGGCCGGUAUUUCUGACGAGCGACUCCAACUGAUUGAAACGCUUUGGCCGGCUCCUAUGAAAGCAGAAGUUACAGCGCCAUCACCAGUUUGCUUGAAUGAUAUAGUAUCGCAUCCAGCAAACAAUCUUUUCUCGUCCCCCUUAAUCGGAGUUUUUAGAGCGGAGGAAAAUCCUUCGGAGCUGGAUUUCAGCAUGGCGAUUCACACAGGCUUGUCGGAAUCGGUUGACACAUUACUGCCACAGUUACGUGAAAGAGCGAAACAAGUCUCGUUCUAUCUCACAUGA